GGACAAUCCUACCAACCAGGUGCGGUACAAGGGCCUCUGUGAGCAUGGGUUAUACACACUUCCUUCCAAACUCCCAACCGUUGCGUAUCAAGCUAUCCAAGAGUCCACUUGGCAUCGUAGACUCGGUCAUCCAGCUCCUGCGAUUGCCAAAUCUAUUUUGUCUUCCUUAGGUUUUCAGUUUUCAGAGCCUUUACAUUGUGAAUCAUGUUAUGUCUCUAAGUCCUGUCGUUUACCUUUUGAAUUGCUCACAUGCUCCUGUCCCACUGACGGUCCAACCCCAGACCCGUCCCACCAGUCACGGACGACAGCCCGACACCCUCCCUAUGGACACGCCACAGACGAAAAAGGGAACGGAGGAGAUGGCUUUUCCGGAUGUCGACGAAUAGCAGCAACAGCAUCAUCCGCCAUGAAAGUGGUAGCGCAGUGCAGAGCAAGCAAGCGACAGGCGGUCCGGAUUCUCUUCAACAAGCAAAUCAAAACCCUAGAUUAAAGAAAUCAAAAUCAUCACGAGGUUCUGGAGCUGAGGGAUCCAGCCCGAAAUCAACAAGGAAGACGAAAAAACCCAAAAAUAUGGGUUGGGAGGAACAUCCAGAUUUUGAUGUUGAUGCUAGUCCCAAGAGCUCCAUUUCAGAUGUUUGUUGUCCUGAUUCACCAUGUUAUCCCAAAGUGGUGGUACCUGAAGAGGAUGUCCAGCACCAACAUACUAAGUCUGCUAUGAUUGCAUUGGCAUACUACAACAAGAAAAAUCACACUAACUACAAGCUUGUAGAGGCUUUAUGGAGCAAUGCCAAGUUGUACAAUGGACUCUGGAUUCAUUGCAACUUUAAAGCUAAGCCAGAUAUUCCUUCCAAGAGGGGUGAAGAUGCGAAUGUGUCAUCCAAGCUCUUCUUUGCUGAACUUUAUCAAUCAGAACCUUUUGUUUGGAAAACCAGUGCUUGUCGUGUUUUAAAUGGUUCCAAAACCAAAAGUGGUUGUCUGAUGUGCAAACGAGGGAUUCAUCCAACCCACGGGUUUAGGAAUGGGCUUUAUGAGUAUAAACCACGCACUCUACGCUCUCGAUCGGGUAAGGUUUGCCCAGCAGCACUCUGAUCUUUGACCUGAAGCUGGCUGGUAUACCAUGAGCGAGUUUAAUAUGAUGUUUCAAAACUCUCCGGACAGUGUAGUAUGUAGAUGUUUUAACAUGUCUUUUGUUUGUGGUUUAAUAUCUAUUUUAGGGUACUGUUUUGUAGGACUUGAAUGCCUAUUUAUGAUCACGAGUGGCUUUUUAAUUUAUUGCUAUUGUCAAUGGCCUCCUACAUUUUAUUUUGAAGAGUGUUUCGAAGAUCAUAAUGCCUGUUUUUGGUGGCUGGUGAUGUUUGUUUCU